UUAAUUUCACUUACUAGUGGAAAACGGGAUAAUGCACUAGUAAUAAGUGUGAACGUGUUACUGACAAAAAUGUGGGUAUUUUUUGGUUCAUUGUUUCUAUUGACUACAGGGACGUUUUCAGUUGAAGGCGAAAUAUCAUUUAUGCGUCAUGGAAUACCACCCGCUAGGGAAUCUGAUGAAACUAGAGCAUCUUCACCGGAAUGGGGUACAAUUACUCAAAGAGUUGACCACUUUAAUCCAGCAGACAACAGAACAUGGGAUAUGAGGUAUAUACAAAAUAACGAGUUUUAUGAGGAAGGUGGGCCCAUGUUCGUAUUUAUAGGAGGUGAAUGGGGUAUUUCAACAGGCUGGGCUACGUCGGGAUUUUUUCUUGACAUAGCUCGUUCACAUAAUGGCGCUUUCUUCUACACAGAACACAGAUUUUAUGGUGACAGUUAUCCAAUAUACAACUGGGAGGUCGACGGUUUCAGAUACUUGUCUGCUGAUCAAGCAUUAGCAGACCUUGUGUAUUUUAUUGAAUACCAAAAGCAAAACACACCAGGACUUCGAAACAGUACGGUAAGUGAAGAGCAAAAGUAUCAGUCCAACUACAUACCUACUGUAGAAUAAAACAAAAAAAUUAAUAAAGUUAAUGAAACUGAAAAGUAAGAAAUAAUUUAGAUGCUGUCCAUUUAAUCUUUUGAUAUUUUAGGUACUCCUAUUUAUUUAGUUCGCAAUAUGCCGAUCAUCGCGCCACCCCUGGGUCUCUUAGCGUUGUGUCUGUUUCUAAUAUGUCUCUGAUUAGACUAUCAUGUAUGAAAAGGUGUCAUACCAACC